AUGACUAUGGGGAUCAAAUCCCGUUGCAACGAUGAUCUGACAAGGAAGCCCUCUCUGGACACUCCACUCUCCAAUGUUCCCCAUAAAAGUCCCUUUCCCAGGAGCCCCGAGGCGCCUCUGCACGCCUUUCGCAUAUUCUUUGCAAGGACACUUCAUCCGAGUAGGGCCACUCGUCUCAACUCUGCAAACCCCCUUCUUCCGAUCGCGACCACUCCCCGAAGAGUGAGGCCCGGCAGGGUACGCAGCCCGGCGGCCGGCCCCGAUUCCAGGGACUCCGUCCCCGCCGGGGUCCCGGAUCCGACCCAGAGGGCCCAGCAGCCGCCGCGAGGCCGGACUCACCUCUCCCCGGCACGCAGACGCCGACUUCCGCCCGCACUCCGCCCCCUGCGCACUCCUCCCGCCGCGCAUCCCGCGCAUCCGCCCCGUCACGGCCCGUGCGUCACGCUGCGGGGGCACGUUACGCACGCUCGUGGCUGGCCGCCGGCCCUGCCCGCGGCUGGGCCAGGGUCCUCCUCACGCGGAGGGGUGACGCGGCGCGAGGGGGCGCUGGGCUGCAACACGCUUCCCCAGCCCAACCCCCGUCGUGAGGCCGAAAGGACUUUACGGGGUGAGGCGCUGCCCCGGGGUCCCACCUGCCGGGGGAAGGGAGUUCGCAGACCCCGCAGGAAGGCCCAGACGCCGGGGAACGGUCUCGCCCAUACCACAGAGAGGCGGCCCCUCUUUCUCCAGAAGAGGGCCGUGCGACCUCCCAGAGAGGGGAUCCCUCACAAUGGGAAGACGGGACCCGCAGACUUCAGACGCACUUCCCUACCCUCUAAGAAAGGGCCCUUUCAUAUACGAAGAGGGCAUUGGAACAUGGACAUUCAACAGAGGAAGACACGUGAGGACACAGCAAGAGGCCAUCUAUAAGCCAAGGAAAGAGACGUCUGAAGGAGCCAAUCCUGCCAACACUUGGAUCUUGGACUUCUAACCUCCAGAACUGUGAGAAAAUAAAAUUUCUGUUGCUUAAGUCAUCCACUCUAUGGUACUUUGAUAUGGUAGCUUUAACAAGUGAAUACAUCUUUCCUGGUUUUAAAUGUUGUUACGUGAGUUUGGAACGGCUGCAGCCAUUCUGCAGAAGGGCUGAGAGAAUUGCACAGAAGCUUAGAACCGUCAUAUCACAAAGCCAACCCUGGAAUCAUCUACUUUCAGACUUCUUGUGAAGAGAUAAUAAGUCACUAUUGUUUCAGUUGCUUUAGGUGUGGGAGUUCUGUUACUCACAACCACAAGCAUCCUAAUUGAUACAAGCAAGGAUACAGACAUUGUGGUAUUGCAGGGACACCAAGAAGAGGCGUCUAGAUGACAAUUAAGCUUGGAUCUUUAAAGAUGUGCAGGAAUUAAUCAAAUAAAGGACUGGACAAAGGGCAUUUCAGGUGGAGAGGAUAAUAACAAGAGCAGAGAAUACCAGAUAUGUGAGAGAAACUUAGUUACAAGCCUUUGUAACCUUUGGGUGCUGUAGGAAACUCAAGUGUGGAGCUGAGAGUGGCAAGACACCAGGCUGCGGAGGUUGGCAGGAGUUGGAUAAUGGAGUGAGACCUCGGUUGCUGCUAAAGAGCUGUGACUUUUUUCUGUACUGGCUUGAUCAGAAUUAUGUGAAUGGAAGAUAAAUUUAAGGGAUCAAAAUUGGAGGCAGGAUUCCAACCAGAAAUUUUAUGAGCAUUUAGGAGAGAGAGGAGGAAACAGAAUCAAGGCAGUAGAAUGGAGAGAGAAAGGAAUGACUGAUUCUAAAAAAUUCA